AUGGAGACCCGAAACAUUCACCAAUCUCUUCAUCUUCACGAAGAAAUGAUUUUCCCAUCUCUUUUAAAAGAAAUCACCGAAGAAAUACUGUCAAGACUGCCGGUGAAAUCACUCCUGCGAUUCAGGUGCGUUUCGAAAGCAUGGCGAUCUCUGAUCGACAGCAAACGAUUCAUCAAAAUGCACUAUCAAAAUUCGACAAGAAACCCUAGUUUAGCCCGCCACAAGGUUUUGUUGCUCAAAUCUAUCGCUACACUAGAUCUAGAGCUAACGCUGGUGCAACGCUCUAACCCAUCUACCAGAAUCUCCAAGAAACUGCCUCACUUAGACGACUUAGACGAUACCGACGAUUACGGAGACAAUCGUGCAUUCGACAGUUGUGGGUUGGGUUGGGAUGAAUCGAGUGGCGAUUACAAGGUUUUUGCGACUGCGACUGUGAUGGCCGGGUUCAGACACACCAUGGCUAUAGCUAUGAUGUAUAGCUUGAAGCGUGAUUCAUGGAAGGAAGUGAAGGGUUGGGAUUCAUGGAAGAAGACGAAUGGUAUUGGUAUAGGUAGGGCUACAAUGAGGAUGGGGAUGUUAGCAAGUGGGAGUCUUCACUGGGAGAGGUGUGAUAGACGAGGCGUGGUUGCUUUCGACUUGAAGAGGGAGGUGAUCGGGGCGGUGGAGCUGCCAGAGUGCUCGGAAGGCUGCAGGUGGCUGGGAAUUGGGGUGAUCGGAGAGUGCCUUUCGGCAUACUACCGGCGCGAGUAUUCGAGUUGCGUGGAGAUUUGGAUGAAGAAGGAGUCUUGGGAGAAAGUGGUGGUUCUUGAUCAGCUAUGCAAUCCUCUCCAUAUUUCUCCGGCCUUGGCUCCUUUUUGGGGUGGUGGGUUUUUGUUGAUCAAGAUUGGGAAUUUGAUGGUUUUUGACAGGAAAGGGAUUAGGGUUAUGGUUUCUGUCUUUCUGAUGUUUACAUUGAAAGUUUAG